GCGGCGCCCUUCUCUUUAUCCCGAUGUGUGGUGGCUCCAGCUGGGAAGCAUACGGCUUCCGUUAUCUUCCUUCACGGAUCAGAAUGACACCUUGUAGCCUGAAAGGACAUUCGGGUCAAGGAAUUAAAUCAUGGAUAAGGGAAAUCUUAAAGCAAGACUUGGCAUUCAAACAUAUCAAAGUAAUCUUUCCAACUGCUCCAACUCGGUCCACAAUCUAUAAACAAUGGACAUUCCCCUUGGAGUGUUAUUUAAUAUGUUACUCUACUUGAGAAAACCAGAAGGCAGAAACCCAUCGAUUGUAAUAUUUUUAUCCUUUGCACGAGUCCCAUACACACUAAUGAACGGAGCCUUGUCCAGUGUUUGGUUUGACAGGUACAAAAUUUCAGUCCACAGCCCAGAACAUCUCGAGUCAUUGGACUCAAUGUGUCGGGAUCUAACAAGUUUGAUUAAUGAAGAACUGAAAAUGGGUAUAGAGAAGAACAGAAUUCUUUUAGGAGGGUUUUCAAUGGGAGGAGCCAUGGCAAUGCAUUUAGCCUAUAGGUACCAUAAGGAUGUUGCUGGAGUAUUUGCUCUUUCUAGUUUUCUCAAUAAUGGUUCCAUUCUAUAUCAGGCACUUAAAGAAGCAAAAAGUUCCCUGCCAGAAUUAUUCCAGUGCCACGGAGUAGCAGAUAAGCUGGUUUUACAUAAAUGGGGUGAAGAAACCAAUAAUACACUGAAAUCUCUUGGCGUGAACACCUUGUUUCAUAGCUUUCCAAACCUUUAUCAUGAGCUUAAUCUGGCAGAGCUGGAACAGUUAAGAUCCUGGAUUUUACAGAAACUACCAGAGGGACCCACGGGGGCGCAAUAGAGCGUCAAUCUUGUAAAUGAAACAGAGCAAAAAUAUUUUUCUUCCAGUGAUGUGUUUUUCCUCCACUCACAUGGAAAAUAAAAAGCUCCCAUGAAUUUCUGUCAUUUGAAAAA